AUGAAAAGUUCAAUAAUAUCUAAUUCUCAAUCACGAUCUAUUGCUGUCGGUGAUUUAAAUAAUUAUAAUUUUAAAGAUAUUGUUGUCGCUAAUUCUGGUACUUCAAAUAUUGGAAUAUUUCUUUCAAAUGGUAAUGGAACAUUUCAAAAUCAAAAAAUCUAUUCAACUGGAUUAAAAUCAUCUCCUCGUUCAAUUGUUAUCGAUGAUUUAAAUAAUGAUUCUUUUCUAGAUAUUAUUGUUGCUAAUUUUUAUACAAAUUCUAUUGGAAUUUUUUUUGGUUAUGAAAAUGGAAAAUUUAAAAAUGAAAUAAACAUUUCAACUGGAUCAUCUCAUCCAUUAUUUAUUAAAACUUGUGAUCUUAAUAAAAAUAAUUUUAUUGAUAUAAUUGUAAUUAAUUAUCCAAAAAAUAAUAUUGAAAUAUUCUAUGGAUUUGGUAAUGGAUCAUUUGAAGACGGAAUAAAAUAUUUUCUUGGUUAUGAUUCAAUUCCAUAUGAUUUAUCUAUUGAAGAUUUAAAUGAAGAUGAUUAUUUAGAUUUAGUUAUUGUUAAUUAUGGUACAUCAAAUAUUUAUAUUUUAUUUGGAUUUUCUAAUAAAAUAUUUACAAAUGAAAUAUCUUAUUCAACUAAUCAUCUAUCAAAUCCAACAUCACUUAUUGUUAAAGAUAUUAAUAAUGAUAAUUAUUUGGAUAUUAUUGUUGCUAAUUCAAAUUUACGAAAUAUUGGAUUCUUUUUUGGAUAUGGAAAUGGAACUUUUGAAAAACAAGUUCUAUUAGAAACUACUUUAAAUUUUUAUCCAAAAUAUUUAAAUAUUGAUGAUUUUAAUAAUGAUAAAAUAUGGGAUAUUGUUAUUGUUGAUUCAAAAUUAAAUAAAUUAUAUAUUUUUUUAGGUCAUGGAAAUGGAAGAUUCGAAAAAUACACAACCUAUGAUAUUUUCUUAGGUUCUAAUCCAUCAUCUAUUGCUAUUGCUGAUUUUGAUAAUAAUAAUCAAUCGGAUAUUGUUCUGACUAAUUUUGAUACAAAUAAUAUUCUUAUACUUAUAAAUUAUUCAUCAAAAUCAUCUAUAAGACAAAUAAAUUAUGAUACAGGACCAUCAUCUAGUACAAAUUCAAUUCAAAUUGCUGAUUUAAAUAAUGAUCAUAUUCUAGAUUUAGUUUAUCGAUCAGAAUCAAAUAUUGCUAUUAGAUUUGGUUUAUCAAAUGGAAAUUUUUCUAAUGAAAUAAAAUAUUCACUUGGAAAUGAGAAAAUGAAAUGUCAAUAUAUAACUAUUGCUGAUUUAAAUAAUGAUAAACAAAUGGAUAUUAUCACUGCUAAUGUUAAUGGAGAUAAUUUAAGUAUUUUUAUUGGAUAUAAUUAUGGAGAAUUUUAUUUAAUAUCAUAUUAUUCAACUGGAAAUGGUUCAACUCCAUUUUGGGUAACAACUGCUGAUAUUAAUAAUGAUAAUAUUCAAGAUAUUAUAUCAGCUAAUACAGGUACAAAUUCGAUUGGAAUAUUUCUUGGUUUUGGAAAUGGAACAUUUAAUCAAAUGAUUUCUUAUUCACUUGAUGAAAAUUAUUCUCCAUAUUCGAUUAUUGUUAAUGAUAUUAAUAAUGAUAAUUAUUUGGAUAUGAUUAUUCUUAGUGAAUAUGUUAGUGGUGAUGGUUAUAUUAUUAUUUUAUUUGGAUAUAAUAAUUUAACUUUCAUUAAUAAAUAUAAAUAUUCAACUGGAGAUAAUUCUUUUCCAUUCACAAUGACUCUUGUUGAUUUUAAUAAUGAUUAUUAUUUUGAUAUUGCUGUUGCUAAUACAGGUACAAAUAAUAUUGUCAUUUUUUUUGGUUUUGGAAAUGGAACAUUUACAAAACAAACAAGUUAUUCUGUUGGUAAUAGUACAAUGUCAUAUUAUAUUAUUGCUGCUGAUUUUAAUAAUGAUAAUAUAUCUGAUCUUAUUGUUAGUUGUUUAGGUAAUGAUAAAAUUGUUCUUUUUCUUGGAUAUAAAAAUGGAACAUUUCAAUUAUCAAAAAGAUAUUCAACUGGAUUUAGUUCCAAACCAUAUGGUUUAACUGUUGCUGAUUUAGAUAAUAAUAAACAAUUCGAAAUAAUUGUUUCACUUUGGGGUAGUGGUGGCAUAGCUAUUUUGUCUCAAUAUGAUGCUGUCAUUUUUUCUAAUGAAGUUGUUUAUUCAACUGAUUUAACAUUAAAAUCUUCUUCAUCAUCUAUUGCAGAUUUCAAUAAUGAUAAUUUAACAGAUAUUAUUGUUGCUCAUUCUGCAACUGAUGAUUUAAUUAUUUAUUUUGCUUCAAUUAAUAAUUCAUAUUCAAAACAAAUUAAAUAUUAUAUUGGAAAAAAUUUUCAUCCCGAAUAUGUUUUAACUUGUGAUAUUAAUAAUGAUAAUAAUUCAGAUAUAAUUAGUAUAAAUACAAAAAAUAAUACUUUUUCAUUUAUUAUUGGAUAUGGAAAUGAAACAUUUAAUGAAAAACAAUUUAUUUAUUCAACAGGAGAUAAUUCCAAACCAAUAUUUGCUCUAUCAAAUGAUUUAAAUAAUGAUAACAGAUCGGAUUUAAUUAUUGUUAAUUCAGCUACAGAUAAUUUUGCUAUUUUUUAUAAUUUUAAUUAUACAUUAUUUCAUAAUCAACAAAUUUAUUCAAAUAAACAUUCUUUGAAACCAACAGAUAUUAUUAUUAUUGAGAAUUUUAAUAAUGAUAAAUAUCCUGAUAUUGCUGUGACAUUUUCUGAUGGAAAUUUAAAUAAUAUGAGUAUUUAUUCAACUGGAAAUAAUUCUAAUCCAACUUAUAUUGAUAUUGCUGAUUUCAAUAAUGAUUAUCAGUUAGAUAUUGUUGUUAUUAAUAAAGGUUCAAAUAAUAUUCUUAUUCUUUUAGGAGAUAAAAAUGGAAGUUUUCAAAAUCUAAUUUCUUAUUCAACUGGUUAUGGUUCAAAACCUGAAUCUCUUGCAAUAUCAGAUUUAAAUAAUGAUAAUAAUAUGGAUAUUAUUGUUGCUAAUUUAUAUACACAUAAUAUUGCCAUUUUUUUUGGUUAUGGAAAUGGAAAUUUUUCAUCAAUUAAAAUUUAUUCAAUAGAAUUUGGUUCUCUUCCAAAAUCAAUUUCAAUUCAUGAUUUUAAUAAUGAUCAAAAAUUAGAUCUGGCUAUUACUAAACCGGGAACAAAUGAAAUUGUUAUACUUUUUGGUUUUGGAAAUGAAAUAUUUUUAUUAGGUAAAUCUUAUUCAACAAAUAUCAAUUCUGUUCCAUAUAAAUUAGCAAUUAUAGAUUUAAAUAAUGAUAAGAAAUUAGAUAUUCUUGUCACAAAUUAUGAAUCAAAUAAUAUUGGAAUAUUUUUUGGAUAUGAUUAUGAAUAUUUUGGUGAUAUGACAACAUAUUCUAUUGGACAAAAUUCAAAUCCACAUUCUAUCGCUAUUGCUGAUUUUAAUCAAGAUAAACAAUUAGAUAUUGUUGUUGCAAAUUAUGGAACUUCAAAUAUUGAAAUUUUUAUAUUGGAUUUAAUAAUGGAACUUUUGAUUCUAUGA